CCUCUGUUAAUGCGGAUGCGCAUCGCGCCGUCACGCACACUUCCGCCCACCCCUGCGUGCCCGGCCAAUCACAGCGCGGCUCUCGCCGUACCGGCUUCCGGCCGUUCCCGACGUGGCCCAAUGGGGUGGCGCGGCCCGGCGGCACUGGGCGGGAUUGGGCGGGUGUUGCCCGGCGUCGCCGUCCGCGCCAAUGAGCUCGCGCCGCGUCCGGGCCGGGGGUUGCGCGAGGCCGCGGGCGCAGAGGCGGGAGGGAGCGGGGCGGGACGGGAACCGGGAGCCGGGACCGGGAUGGCCGGGAGCGCGGAGCGGGCACCACGCUGGGUGCUGGGCUGGAUGCUGCGCUGGGUGCUGCUGGCGUGCUGGGUGCCGCACGCAGAGCCGCUGGCCGUGAUGUCUGUGGACAUGGGCAGCGAGUCCAUGAAGAUCGCCAUCGUGAAGCCCGGAGUGCCCAUGGAAAUCGUCCUGAACAAGGAAUCACGGAGGAAAACACCUGUAGCUGUUGCUUUGAAGGAGAAUGAGCGUCUCUUUGGUGACAGUGCGGUAGGAAUGUCUAUAAAGACCCCCAAGGUGGCAUUCAGAUACUUUCAAGAUCUGCUGGGUAAGCAAAUAGAUAACCCUCAAGUGGCGCUGUACCAGUCCCGAUUCCCAGAACAUGAACUGAUGAAGGAUGAGAAGAGACAGACUGUUAUCUUCAAGCUGUCACAGGCAUUACAAUAUUCUCCUGAGGAGAUGCUUGGUAUGGUCCUGAACUAUUCACGUGGGCUGGCUGAGGAAUUUGCAGAGCAGCCCAUCAAGGAUGCAGUGAUCACUGUUCCUGCCUACUUCAACCAGGCAGAGAGGAGAGCGGUGCUGCACGCUGCUCGCAUGGCUGACUUAAAGGUUCUGCAGCUGAUCAAUGACAACACUGCUGUAGCUUUGAACUAUGGCGUUUUCAGGAGGAAAGACAUCAAUGCCACUGCACAGAAUAUCAUGUUUUACGACAUGGGAGCUGGAAGCACCGUUUGUACUAUUGUUACCUAUCAGACAGUGAAAACUAAGGACUCGGGAACCCAACCUCAGUUGCAGAUCCAGGGCAUUGGGUAUGACCGGACUCUUGGAGGUUUAGAGAUGGAGCUUCGUCUCCGAGAUUAUUUGGCAAAGCUGUUUAAUGAUCAGCACCCCUCGAAGGACGUCCGAAAGAAUCCCCGGGCCAUGGCCAAACUGCUGAAGGAGGCCAACCGCCUGAAAACUGUCCUGAGUGCAAAUGCUGACCACAUGGCACAGAUUGAGGGGCUGCUGGAUGACAUUGACUUCAAAGCCAAAGUCUCAAGGCAAGAAUUUGAGGAUUUGUGCUCUGACUUGUUCCAGCGAGUCCCAGGACCUGUGCAGCAGGCUUUGAGCAGCGCGGAGAUGAACAUGGAUGGAAUUGACCAGGUGAUUCUAGUUGGCGGUGCCACACGGGUCCCCAAAGUGCAGGAAGUUUUGCUGAAAGCUGUGGGCAAGGAGGAACUAGGCAAGAAUAUCAAUGCUGAUGAGGCUGCUGCCAUGGGUGCAGUCUACCAGGCAGCUGCUCUGAGCAAAGCCUUUAAGGUGAAGCCUUUCAUGGUUCGAGAUGCAGCCAUGUUUCCAAUCCAGGUGGAGUUUACUCGUGAAGUUGAGGAAGAUGAUAAAUCCAAGAGUUUAAAGCAUAACAAGAGGAUUUUAUUCCAGCGCAUGGCACCUUAUCCACAGCGUAAAGUGAUCACUUUCAACCGCUACACAGAUGACUUUGAGUUCUAUGUCAGCUAUGGAGAUCUGUCUUUCCUGAACCAGGAUGACUUGCGAAUUUUUGGGUCUUUGAAUCUCACUACCGUGAGACUAAAGGGAGUUGGAGAGAGUUUUAAGAAGCACUCAGAUUAUGAGUCCAAAGGCAUCAAAGCUCACUUCAAUAUGGAUGAGAGCGGAGUGCUAAGUCUUGACCGGGUGGAAUCUGUGUUUGAGACCUUAGUGGAAGACAAGCUGGAGGAGGAGUCAACACUGACAAAACUUGGUAACACCAUCUCAAGCCUGUUUGGGGGUGGUGGCCAUACACCAGAGGCUGGAGAGAACCUGACAGACUCAGUGCAGGAAGAAGAAGAAAGCCUAGCAGAAGCAGCUAAAGAAGAGCAGGGGGUGAAACAAGGCCAGAAGAGUAGUGCAGAAGAUGCUGGUGAAGAGCAGGGACAGGAGAAACAGCAGUCACCACCUCCAGAUCAGGCAGAGGCUGUCCCUCCUAAAGAAGAGUCUCAGAAAAAUGAAGAAGGCGAGAAAUCAGAGGCUCAGGAUCCUAAAGAAGAGAGAGAAACUGUGAAAGAGGAAGAGCUUUCCAAAAGUUCUGGUACAGAUGCUGCCAAAGCAGAGGAAGAGAAAAAAAUCAAAGCACCCAAGAAGCAGAAAGUUGUCCAUGAGAUCACGAUGGAACUGGAUGUAAAUGAUGUGCCUGACCUGCUGGAGGAUGAACUGAAGAGCUCAAUGAAAAAGCUCCAAGAUUUGACAGUCAGAGAUCUGGAGAAACAGGAAAGAGAAAAAUCAGCCAACAGCUUGGAGUCAUUCAUCUUUGAGACCCAGGACAAGCUUUACCAAGAAGAGUACCUGUUUGUCUCAACAGAGCAGGAGAGAGAAGAAAUUUCCAAAAAGCUCAGUGAAGCUUCAAACUGGAUGGAGGAGGAAGGCUAUGCAGCUGCAACAAAGGAGCUGAAAGACAAGCUUGCAGAGCUGAAGAAGCUCUGUAGGAACCUCUUCUUCCGUGUUGAAGAAAGGAGGAAAUGGCCAGAACGGCUGGCUGCCCUGGAGAGUCUGCUUAACCACUCAAACAUCUUCCUCAAGGGAGCCCGAAUGAUCCCGGAGUCUGACCAGAUAUUCACAGAAGUGGAACUGGGUACACUGGAAAAAGCAAUCAAUGAAACAAUGGUAUGGAAAAAUGAAACACUGGCAGAACAGAAUAAACUGUCUCCUGCUGAGAAACCUGUCCUGCUGUCCAAAGAUAUAGAGCUGAAGAUAGCAGGCCUGGACAGGGAAGUGCAGUAUCUCCUGAACAAGGCCAAGUUUGCAAAACCAAAACCCAAAAAGGAGAAGAAUGACACAAAAUCUGAUUCAGGCAAGAAUGCUACAGCAACCUCUGAGAGUGAGAACACUAUCCCUCCCACGGAGGGGAAGCAAGAAGAGAAACCUGAGGAUAUCAGUCCAGCCAAGGAACCCCCGACGGCUGAGAAAGUACAGAUAGGUGAUGAGCCAGGAUCAGACUCCGGGUCCAACAAAGAGAAGAAAGCAGAAGCUGGAGGAGAAAGCAGGAAAAACGAUGAGUUGUAACACCCCCCUGCAAGUCCCUCUGCUGUCAACAUCUAUUUAUUUCAUCGUUACCUUCUUGUUUUUAUAACGGACUGGGUUAGUUAUGAUGUAAAUGGAACACAACAAACAGUCUGAAACCACAAUGGGAUGGAGAUGUACAUUUUCUUCUUUCCGGGGAUUUUGCCGCUACUAACUUAGUGAAUUUGGGUUUGUUUGUUUUUUGUUACCUGUUUGGAGGUGGCAGGAAUUGUUUUGAGUACUGGAGUCAUGACUCUGCUGUAAGGAGGAAGUGAGUUAAGAAACGUUUGAAGCCUUAGGAAGUAAGUUGGGGUGUGUGCAGUCACAGCUCAGCUGGGGAGAGCAGGUUAAUGGAAGCUGUUGCUGGGCUGCUGUCAGCGCAGCCCAGACCUUUAACUUAAGGAGUGUGGUUUGAUGGGGGGGGGGUUGUUCUUUGAGUUCAUGAGGCGGGGGAACAGGAGCGGGGAGGCAGAUGAGGCUGAGAUGUGUCUAUUUCCACAGACUGCAAUUAAAACCAUUUCUAUCCACGCUCUGUAGCACAGUCUGAAACGUGUUCAUUGAGCGUUUAGUUUCCUCCAGCCAAAAGUUAAAGAACUGCAGGAACCACAGAAGGACAGAGGAGAAAGAAGGACGGCAGUCAGACCGACCAUCCCCUGCAAUGGACCGAACCGGGCCGUCCCUCUGCUCGCCCGGUGUCCGUGUGCUCGCACUGCUCGGUGUCCCCGGGGCGGCCCUUCGUGUCGCUGCGCAUCCCGUGCUGUGCACAAAUUAAAGCGACGCUUCCUGCCCGGCUCUUAAGAA